GGAUCCCUGAGAGAGAGAGAGAGAGAAAGAAAGAGAGAGAGAGAGAGAGUUUCUGAGGGUGGCCGAUAACAGAAAACGGAUGCAAUGGGAACAAUCAGCCGGACAGGACUUUUUAUUUUUUAUUUUUUUUACACAUUAGUGUUUACUCCUUUGAACAAUCCGUCAAACAUUAAUUUCUGGUCCACUCCAUGAUUGUUGAUUCAUUGAAGACAUGAAAGGAAAUCUGUUUGUAGACACACACACACAUUGUAAUCCACACAUGCAAUUAGAAGAGAGAAAGAGAGAGAGAGAGAGAGAGAGAGAGACGACUCGACAGACAUCCAGCGCGUAAUUAAUCCAACCCAGUGUCCGCGCUGUCCGCUGUCAGUGUCAAGGUGCCCGGCGUCUUUCUGGGAGGGAGUCGGCAACAGUCGUAGCCAGUGAGCCAAUGAUUUCAUUUAUGACUAGGACACACCGGAAGAAUGACUAAUGUGUACACUGACUGAGCACGUCUUUAGGAUAUUGUCAGUCCGUUGCACAUGCCGCGCAAGAGACUUCAGAGAGGGGAGAGAGGAGGGACAGCACACCCCUGGCGACAUUUUAUAUCUGGAUGUUUCUACGUUGAGGGGGAAAAUCUGCAAAAGUUUUAAAAAAAUAACUCUGAAAAGGAAAGUCAUGGGUCCAUCUCACCUUGGUGGCCUCUCCGUGGAUUUGUGUCUCCUGUUGCUUACCUUGCUACACGCUACUCCACGGCCAACAGACGCGUUUAAUUUGGAUGUGCGCUUUCCAGUUGUAAAAGAAGGCAAUACCCGUGGCAGUUUGUUUGGGCUGUCUGUGGCCUUUCAUAAACAAACAGAGGGAGAAAAACGGUACCUGGUUCUGGUGGGAGCACCCAAGGAGAAAAUAGCACUCAGUGGUGGAGCCAAUGAAACAGGAGACGCAUUCUUCUGUCCAAUCAGCGUGAACCGUAACGACUGUGGCAGGAUGAACCUCGUCACCUCAGGAAAUGAACAACCUGAUAGCAACACUGAGACUGUGGAUGGGAUGUGGCUGGGCGUAUCCGUGGCGAGUCAGAAUAUUACUAAUGGCCGGGUUAUGGCCUGUGGUCACCGUUACGUGAGGAAAGUGAACAAUGACCGUACGUGGAGCAUGAUUGGCCGCUGUUACAUCCGCAGUAACAACAUGCAGUACGACCCAAACGACUUCCAGUGGCAGGAUUACUACGAGGUGUGCUCUCCGUUCGACGGCCACGCCGUGGAGGGGAUGUGCACCAUGGGCAUCUCGGCUACCAUCACCGCGAACAAGGUCGUCGUCGGCUCACCCGGCAGUUUUGAAUGGCAAGGAAAUGGACAGAUCAUUUUUAGAAGCCCAGAUGAUGAAUACUUAACGUUCAAGACUGAGUUCCCAAACCUUGCGAAGCGAAACAUCUACAUGGGCUACUCUGUGGCCAUGGACAAAGGGCUCCUGAGCAUGAAUGAAGACACACUGGUGACUGGUGCUCCCAGAGAUGGGCCUGAUGCAAACCUAGCCACAGGUGCGGUGAUACUCAGUCUGGCGGGUAAAGUGGCGCUUGGCAACCAAAAGCUGGAUCUAGGCAACCUCACUCUCUACGGGGAGCAGGUGGGGUCAUACUUCGGUGGCAGCAUCGCCAUUGCUGACCUCAACAACGACAAUUGGAAGGAUCUGAUUGUGGGAGCUCCAUUCUACUUCGACCGUGUUAAGGAGCAGGGCGGGGCUGUGUAUAUCUACAUGAAUGAAAAUGGCUCCUUCCGAGACAAGCCUGACGUGGCCCUCAGGGGACCUGAGAGGUCUGCGUUCGGAAUGGCAGUCGCUGCUAUUGGCGACAUCAACCAAGACGGCUUCCAAGACUUUGCAGUAGGCGCCCCCUUCCACGGAACUGGCAGCGUGUCCAUCUGGAUGGGCAGUGAGAAGGGCAUCUCCCCGACACCCAGCCAGGUGAUCAAAGGCCAGGACAUCAAAGGCAGUGGCCUCCAGACCUUUGGUUACUCGGUUUCUGGAGGCAUGGACAUUGAUGACAACAAGUAUCCAGACAUAGUGGUGGGCUCCCUGGACGACCGUAUCGCCGUGCUGAGGGCUCGCCCCGUCCUUCAUCUCCAGAGUGACUUAAGUGUGAGCCCAGACCUUGUGGACCCAGACAACUGUAACGACUGCGUCCAAGCAAAGAUGUGCCUCUCUGCCACACUCAGCACGGGGAAAAGCAUAAGGAGAAACAUCACUGUGGCGUUCACACUGAUAGCUGACCAGACCAGUCGCAGCCCACGUCUGCUCUUCCUGGAAAACAACGCAAACAGCGUCACGGGCUUCUUUUACAUGCCAUCUGAAACAUGCAGGAGCUUCAAACUCCAACUUAAGAAGCCCAUCCGAGACAAGGUGGAACCCGUCAGCUUCUCUCUCAACAUGUCCUUAUAUGAGCCCGAACCCAAGACCCGCGGGGGGAUCCAGAACCUGGACGUUUACCCCGUACUGAGCCAGGGAAAGACCGUCAUUAAAAAGCAUGAAAUCCAUUUUCAGAAGGCCUGUGGCACAGACAACAAGUGCAACAGCAACCUGAAAAUGUCCGCCCAGUUCGCCAGCUUUGAUGACCAACCUUUCCGAGUUGAAGACGACCACCAGAUCUUCAAGUACAACUCCAGCGUGAAAAAGAUCAAGCUGCUUAUCGACGUCACCAAUGUCCUGUCAGCUGGGAACCUGGCAGAAGACGCACACAAUACCGUCAUUAACGUCACCAUCCCUCCCUCCCUGCAGUUUGCCUCCGUCAUCCCCAAGAGACUCAUUGAGUGCUCAUCGAAUGGUCAGGAGCUCCUUUGCGAGUUUGGAAACCCUGUGCGCACCAACCAGAGGACUGUAGUUCAGAUCAUCUUCGAGACGUUUGGUGUCACUCUGGACACGCGAGAGAUCCGCUCAGACCUCCAGCUUUCCACAUUGAGUGAACAAAGUGCCAUCCCACCCAUAUCAUUGCUCCUGAUGGUGGAGUAUUCACUUCAGACAACCUUUUCCAUACUGCAGCCGAGCUCCCCGAUCUACUUCAGCGGGGAGGUCACGGGGGAGUCAGCCAUGAAAAGCACCAGUGAUGUGGGAAGCCCUGUGAAAUACACCUUUAAAGUGGAGUUGAGCGGGAGGCCGCUGGGCAGUCUGGGCACUCUUCAGAUCUCCUUUGAUUGGCCAUUUGAAGUGGCCAAUGAGAAGUGGCUGCUGUACCUGGUGGAGAUUACAACAGAGGGCACGUCUGGCCAGCGGUGUGUCCCUCCAGGGGAUAUAGUCAAUCCUCUGAAUCUCACGCUGGCGGAUGCGGGGCGUAGGACGCGGCGCGAGCUGGAGUCCCCCAGGGUGGAGGAGAGGGUUCAGGCGGAGCAGGCGCUCGCUCAGGCUACCCUGAAAGCCAGAGGAACCCGCAAAAAGCUCAUCAGUCUGAGAUGUGGCACAGGUGGGGCUAAGUGUCGCACAUUCACCUGCCCCUUAGAGGGAAUGAACAAUACUGCAAGCGUGGUCGUCUACGCCCGGUUAUGGAACAGCACCAUGUUGGAGGAUUACGCUGAUGCGUAUCGAGUGUCGGUGCAGAGCCACGCUACGCUCAGCUUGAAGACGCUUAAAGCUACGGUCAUCAUGAAGCCACUGACACAGAUGUUCAGUCUGAACAUUGACCCUGAGCUGGUUGAGGAGGCCCCGCACGAGGCUCCCCAGUGGAUCAUGGUGGUGUCUGUCCUCGCUGGAGUCCUCCUGCUCGCUCUCAUCAGCCUGCUACUGUGGAAGUGUGGUUUCUUCCGGAGGGCCAGCACCAGAGAACUGUACGAGGCCAAGGAGCAGAAGGCUGAAAUGAGGACCCAGCCCUCUGAGAAUGACCGCCUAACUGAAGACAUCUAACACGAUGGGGCCCUCAGGGGGCCCAGGGUUUUACACUGUAGUUCUUGGUGUGGCUUCUUCAAGCGGAGCGCCCACUUCAGGGACAUGCCCACGCACCACGGAGUUCAGAUCCGCAAGGAGCAACGCUUCCGCCUUAGCGAGGGCUUCCUCAUUGAGGAGGACACAACCAAGAAGCACUGGAUUACAAACUGGACAGAAAAGACACGCUGUUGCUAACGAAUGCAUCCAAACAGGCAGACACACUCUUCGCCCCACACAAAGGGGACGUUUGAAACGUUACUCUGGUGGACUGUAGUUAACAUUCUGCAUUAACAUUGUUUAAUGAUAUUGGGGUUCAUGUGCUAUUUAAACGUUAGAGUAACAGCCGAGGAAAUAUCCUGUACGUGUAAUACCAAAUGAACGGCACAUUUUUAAAUCUUUGUUUUUAUUUUAUUGUCACUGCCAAGAGAUGUCUCUAUUACUGCUACAUGUUUAUAUUUUUCCUUUGGCAUACAGUACCUCUGCAUGUUACGGUGUGCGUGUAAAAAUUCUCAUCAUCUGUGAUAUUGAGAGUCUGUGUGGUAUGCUUCUCUCUGUGCAAUGUGCCAUGGUGUUGACAUCAUGUUAUGUACUGUACCUCGCUAACGGGAUUUGAGUGUUGCACUCCCAAUGCCUUUCUUAUUGUCACACGCU